GGUUUCAUUUGGACCCAUGUGUUGCUUGGAAAAAUCCAGAAUAUUGCUGAUUAUAGACCGUAGGAGGGUAUAGUGUGGUGUAAAACAGACGCCGACGAUAGCAUACAACUAAGCCUAUUUCAUAUCCAAAAGAAAGUCAUGAGUACGGAAGAGUUAAAGAAAGAUGCAGCAGAAUUGCAGGGUUUCCUCGAGAAUGCAAGCCGUCCCAGAGUAAAAGAUAUUUUAACACUGGAACUCCGAAAGAUACAAACAGAUAUUAUCAACAAAGAGGAAAGAAACAGUACCAGUGGAGUUGGCAAGGAAACAGAUACAGCUAAGCCAACAACAGAAGGACUCAAGACCAAACAGCCUCGUUCUGUAUCUUAUAUACAGGAAAAAAAUUACGCAUGGGAUCAGUCGGAGAAAUUUAUGAAAAUCUACGCUCAGUUGCCUGAUGUCCAAAGUUUAGCCACAGAUAAAAUCACAUGUGAUUUUACUGACAGAUCAAUACGACUGCAAGUAAGAGAAUUGAAAAACAAGAACCAUCAGUGGCACGUAGCAAACCUUAUGGAGGAAAUCGUCCCAGAGGAGAGCUACUUCAAGGUGAAAACAAACAGCGUUCUAGUGAUGUUGAAGAAAAAAGCAGUCAAGACUUGGCCCUAUGUUACAGAACGGGAGAAAAAGGCGUCUGACAAUAAAAAACCCAAGGCGGAUGAAAGCAAAGACCCAAACGACUCCCUUAUGGACAUGAUGAAACAGAUGUAUGAUGACGGAGACGACGAAAUGAAAAAGAACAUCACCAAAGCCUGGUCGGAAUCUCGCAACAAGCAGAGCGUCAUGUAAUCUGUAGGCGGUCUAGUUCUGAUGCUUCAGCGGGGCGUCCUGAUAGUGGCUCAUUUAGAUAGUGGCCGGACUCUUGACAAUGUUUAUGUAUAAUAUGUGAAGUGUCCAAUGAAAUACAAACAUUUAAAGUCAACUGUUGUGCAGUUAACUCAGUUUGAGAACAUUUUGUUGUGUGAAACAUGUACAGAUACACAGCAAAUUUUGUGACUAAUGAAACCUGAUUUUUUUCAAGAUGGAUAAUUUCCCUUUUCAUUGAACAAAAUUAAUGUGGAAGUGAUAUAUGUGAUGUCAUCCAUAUCAUGUCCAUAACAGAAUUUAAUCUUAACAGAUGACCAAAACAUAUUAGAACAAAUAUAAUUUUAUUCCAAUGUCAAUUAGUGUAUUGCUUAUUUAUCCUGUUAAUAUGCUUGAUAAUCUUGUUCAUCUUACUUCAUUUUAACAUACUCAGAAUAUGUCUGUUACAAUUUGUCAUUUGUUGAUGAUAGGUUUUUAAGUAACCCGUCAUGUAGCUGUGCCGAAGGUUAAUGUGACCUAGGCUUUUUGCCAUCCAUUUCCCUCAUUCACUGUGUCUUUUUGUCUUUUAACACUGUGUCUUUUUGUCUUUUAACAUUUUGAUAUUUAGAACGUUUCAAAAAACUAACUGGUAGAUUUCAACUAAACUUGGCAGAAACCAUGAUCAGGGAUGGGCAUCAGAGGUCCAAAGAAAUUUGUAUUGAUUGAUUUUCCUCCAAAAAUGAGUUGUGUACAAAUGCAGUCGGACCAUUACAGAUGUCAAUACCUACAAGUUGUCGGUCUUAUUUUUGACAUUCAUAUUCUAUUGAACGUACAUUGUAUUAUCAUUACCGUAUUGUCCACAAUACUAGAGGUCACAACAAGUAACUUGUCAAGAAAAGAUUUUGAGUUCAAGUUAGAAAAAAAACCUUUUCAAAUCAGGUUAUACAUUCUUGGAAUAACCUGCCGUCAUCAUUGAUCAAUGCUCAGACAAUCAAUGUGUUUAAGUGUAGACUGAAUCGUGCUGGGAAGGUGCACCCAAGCAAAUUCAACCCUAUAUAGUGCUAAGUAAUGGCCGGGAGUUUGUGCCAGUACAAGUAAAUGUAUCUAUACAUAGACGUCUCUAUUGAUAACUUGGGCUGCAAUGAUGUAUCGUACCAAAUUGCGAUACUUUCCUGUGUAUCGUAUCAAAUGGUUUCAUUUGCCUAUAUCGUGAUGCAGGAACAGUAUUUAAAUUAUCGAUAAAUUUUUCAUCAAACUCUAAAAAGGUGUAUAUAUAUAAUUUUGAAUCCUUCAGUAAAGAUGUGGUCCACUGUGCAGUCAUACCAAAAGUACAAGAAAUCAUACAAAAAUAUGUUUUGAUAGUGUUUACUAUUCAUGUCUAUGGCAAAACUUGAUAAAAUCCUGCACACCAUGAAGUUAUGGUGUUGUCAGGUAUACAUAUCGUUGAAGCCCUAUCGACAACGGCAAGUUAUUAUUUUUUUAUGAUUUAAGGUUACAAUUGUCUAUCCAAACUCAGUUUGUGGUAUACGUGUGUAGAUCCUGGUCUGUAUUCUAUCAGAAAUCCUAAACCAUUGGGUGGCUACAAUGUCCUGUCCUCAGUCUGUGUAAACAAUUCUUAUUCAGAUGUUAAUAUGGCCAAAUAGAUUUUAUUCAACUCCUCUAAUGAAACAGAAAACAUAACAUGUAAAGUCAACAGUUCUCAUGUAAAAAUAAAAUGUCCGUGACUGAUUGCGUAUUUAUCAACUCCAAACUGAAUGUAAUGAGUGACAGUGUGUGCAAUGAUUAUUCCAAGUGGAAAUAGAAAAAUUAUGAUAAAACAUAAAUACAAAUGGGAUGAAUUGUUUCUCAAAUAACAAAAACAAACUGUCGGAGUGAUUAUGGUCCCCACUGUUCAGAAAUACAUGCUUAUGUCGUUGAUUGCAUUUAUCUCAGUUUUGCUACAAAUACUCUGACAUACUUCCCAACUUUUUGAAACUUUCCAUGGAGGAGACUGCAUGUUCCAAAUUAAAACCUAGAUAAAAUGUGUGUAUAUACCUUCUAGAAAAUUACCCUUUAAAACAUAUUUAGAGGUGUUAAAAAUAAAUAAUUAUAUCUUAGAUUAUAGGAAUAGUUUUAACAAAUUCACUGGUUGUGAAAAUGCUGAAUUUAAGGGUUUUAAAUUGGGGGUCUCCCUCCUAAAUAGUGAGAGUUGGUAAUUAUGCUGUGAUUGACCCUGCCUCAAACUUUAAGGAAUGAUUUGUCACAUUUAUUGACAUCAUCCAAUUUCAAUGUUGACAUGAAAAAAAGUCUCAUUUUCCUUUUUAAUAAUUAAACGUCAGUACAACAAUGAUUCUGAUAAACAGUCAAACCUGUAUUAUGUGACCUCUCACAGUUGGUUUCUUAAUACACGUUUAUGUCACAAUCAAGUGGUCUCUUAACACAGGUGAUCUCUUAAUGGAGGUGUAUAAAGAUAGUCAUCGCAGACAACUUAAUCCAGAUUACUCCUUCUAGAUUACCUUGUGUUAAUGAGAGCAAAGGUUGUGUAGAUCAACCAGCGAACAUGUCAGAAAAGUGAUACAAGAAAUCACCUGUUGAUUAUCAUUAUUUUCUUUGAUUAGUUGAAAAAUGUACUAAUUAAUUGAAAAAUAUGAAUAUCACAUGUUUGAAAUACUCUAACUAAAAAUAUAAACUAUCGACUAAACCAGUCAAUUUAAUAAAAUACGAGAUUUCUCAUAUUCAACUUGAUCCGAUUCUUGUAUUAUUUAUAUCUAUAUAAGUGUAUUUGAGGUGAUCACAUGUACAUAAACAACACUGGGUUACCCAUUGUCAGUAUAAUGUAACCAGGUUACUGUCAUGGUGCCGUGGGUAUAUUUCUGUGAGGUAGCACUCUAAAGCAGGCAUUAUAUCUGCACUAAAGCAUGGAGACAUAUACCCUAAUAUCCCAUUGCCAGCACACGCAUACAUUUCAUACAUGAAUGACGUUAGUUGGAUGCUAAACUCUAUAAACUAAACCAAAAUUAACCAAACUUACCGGUAAACACCCUCUCCAAAAUAUAUUAAAGCUGUGUAGGAAGGAGGUGAUAAACAUGGAAUUUCUAGAGAUGCCAUUCUUACUCGGUAAUUUUCUCGAUUAUAAAACAAAAUGGUUAACUUCAUGUCUACAGCCACAUGUAAGUAUCAUGAACAAUUACCCUCUUCAAAAUGUGAAAGCUUUAUAAGAUAAGAAAAAAGAGUUUAUAAAUGCCAUUCUAAUAUAUUCUACACAAUUUGCAAAAAUGGUACCUUUCAUUUAUACAACCACGUGUAGGUAUCAUUAACAAUGUAUCCAUAUGUUCAAAUUUCAUAAUAACAAAUUGCAUAAUAGCACGUAAACUUCAGAUAGAUGCACUCAAACAUCUGAUACACUCAUAUAAACAUAAAAUCACUUAAAAACCAUUAUGUAAAUGUCAUGUAUCGGCAUG